AUGUCUCAUUUAGAAAGUGCCCUACACAACAUCAUAACUCAAGCGACGCAAGAUUACAAGGAUAUUGCCACAAAUGAUCCUGUGGUGCAGAGCUCGGAUGAUAACACUGCUAAAGGGGAUCAUUUGGAUCGUAUCCUGAGAGCGCAACAGUUGGAGAAGAAGGAAUUGUGGGAUAAGCUUUACCAGCUCGAGAAUAGUCGUAUUCAGGAUCAAGCAAAUGCAGUGUUCAAUAGUAAAUCAGAGGCGGUAACCUCGACAGCACGCAAACAACUGCAAGCGCUCAUGUAUGAGCAUCGAGAGAUCAACAACCUUGUAGCUUCAGAGAUGGCCAAUCUAGACACACUGGAGCAACCCUCAGACGAUAUAUUGGAAAUUGAGUUUAGAGAGGAUGUGGACAGACAGAUCAAACAGUAUGCAAGCCUGAAUCAGUUUGCUAAAAGACAGCUGGACCAUCUCACUAGUACAUUGCGCGAGGAGAAGAAGGUCUUGUCCGAAUGUGAAGAUGUCUAUGCUGCGCUCAAGGAGAAGGAAAGAGAGCUGGCCCAAGAGGCCUAUGUGCAGUCUUAUCCCGAUCAAUUACGCAGAGAACAAGCAGAAUGGGAUUCACAGUACAAGCAAGAUACACACGAUUUGAUUGAUUUCCUAGACGAGUUCUAUCCACCUCAUGCGGUUGAUAAUGCAGGCGUGAUGGGAGAGCAAUGCGAGUUAAAGGAGCUUUUGGAGGAACUCAUGAAUCAAGCGGUGGAUUCACCCGACAAUCCAUACAUCAAACUCGUGCCUGGCACAUAUUGGUCCCCCUAUAUCCAAACACUUGUCAAAGGUGGUGUUGUAAAAUACCAUCCUACAGACUCUUCAUUCAUCCGAGUAAAUGAUUUUACAUACUAG